AUGCAAUUUUUGACUCCAUUCCUUUUCUUGUGCAGCAGCACUUCCGUAUUCGCACAACAGUAUGCUGGAGACACUAUCAGCGCAUAUCUUCCAACUAUCAACAAUGCCGAAGUCGCUUUCUUCAAGAUUGAUGACCCAAGCGGCAAGAACGAUGCACUUACUCUAAUCAACUACUACUCUCACGGUACUGAUGGAAAUCGUAUUGUGGAAAGCAAGAUCCAGAGAGCUGUAAUCGUGCUUCACGGUCUCUUGAGAGAUCCUUGGAACUACGAGAACGAUGUAUGUUGCUCGGCGCUUACUGAUCGUCCUAGACUGACAAGAUCGAUAGNNAUGCUCAACGCUCUCGCAAUGGUUCAAGAUACCAACAUCAACCGUGACUCGGUCGCUGUUAUGACUCCUUACUUCCCCAAUGGUAACGACAAGAACUCCAGUUACCCUUGGACGGAUGGUCAGAAAGCGGGCCGUGGAUCCACUUCGAAUGCAUUGGUCUGGUCUGGUUCGCAAUGGUCUGCUGGCGCCAACAAUCAAUAUCCUCACAACAGCCGAAACACAUCAAGCUACUACAUCCUUGAUGAACUGGUCCGUUAUUUCGACGACAAGACGCUCUUCCCCAACAUGAAGCAGAUUGUCCUUGCUGGACACUCUUUGGGUGGUCAAAUGUUGCAGCGCUAUGCCGCUAUCGGUGACAAGCUUGAGACCGAGUCGCCUGUUGUUUUGUGGGUUGCCAACGGAGAUUCUUGGGCAUGGCUCAGCGACUACCGCCCUUUGAACAUUCCUGACUGCCCCACCUACAACGAUUACCGCGAAGGCUUCGCUCAAUUCGUCGAGUAUGGCAUGACUUACGGCGCCAACUUGGUCGCACAGGGUCUUGACGCUAUCAAGGCAAACUUUGACAGCAAGCAGAUUGCCUGGGCUCGCGCUCUGCAAGAUUUUGGUGACCACUCUUCGAGCUGUGCACCCGAGACUACUGGUCAGGACAGAAACGAACGUUUCUUCUUCUUCAUGAAGUGGUUCCAGCCUAGCUGUCCCGACCCUUCUGGCACCAACUGCGAUACUGUGGAUUUGGUUGAUGCCCCUCAUGACAACGGCCAGAUGUUCCACUCUGCGGCAGGUCUUGCCCGUCUCUUCACGGACAACUUCUACGGCAACAAGAGCCGUGCUUACGACUUCGGCUACCCUCGCAAGCAGCAGGGCGAUGAUCCUUUCCCAGACCCUAGCCUUGUCAACACUCCUGGAGCAACCAACUACAACACGUAUGCCGGUGGUCUGACUUACCAGGGCUGCUGGACCGACCAGUCCCCUACCACAGCACAGGCUCUCUCCACUCUUCUGUACGACGAUGCAAGCAACACAAUCGAGACAUGCACAUCUGGUUGUGUGAAUGCUGGCUACAAGGUCGCUGGAAUGUCGGAUGCAACUAAGUGCUGGUGUGGUAACGAGGUGAGCUCAGCAUCUGCUAUUCUUACCGUCGACAUGCAGUGCAAGUCUCCAUGCCCCGGAAACACUGCUGAGAUAUGUGGUGGCCUUCGCCGCCUUUCUCUCUUUUCCGCCGGAUAUCCCUCUUUUGUAUAA